GUCGCUGAUGACUAUCCUUAAAGAUAUGCAGAAUAGACUUCAAGAAACUGUCAGGUAUGCAAAUCGAAUCCGAAACUUGUAACUGUUCGAAAACACCUGCUGAAUUCGAGAUCAAAGGUGGGCUAUUGACCUCUUUACCGAAAGAAUAGAAUCGAGCAGCGUGUCAAACAUCAAACGCCCAACCACAAACAGUGACUCAAGUGAACCACAGUUAGACAGCCGGUCAGCCGGUCAGCUAGUCAGCUAGUCAGCUAGUCAACUACUAAUCACCUGGCGAGAGGCAGGUGGCAGAUAGCAGGUGUUCUGCACACAUAAAAUUGAUAUUAAUCAUGAAAUUUUCGAACUUGGAAUUCAGCGAAUUUUGACCUUCUGCUGAGAGAUGCGAGAGUGUGGAGAAUUAGUUCUGUUUGUGUGGCACGAUCAGCAUGAUGUUAUUGUUGGCACUGGGCCUCGUACCACUGCUGACGGUUGCCAGCGUCGGUGGUGCACAGUGGCUGCUGUGGCGCAGUGUCUCAGUGCCGGGUCUCGCGACUCUGCCCGACUUGUGGACGCUCAACAGCACCGAGCUGUACGAGGCGACCUUUGAGAGUUUGCAGUGGCUCUCGCCCACCGAUCUGCGACGUUUCGAUUUCCUAUCGCCCAGCUCCACAUAUCAGAUCAAUCGACGCUAUCGCAGUGGUGCCUCGGUGAAACGAUAUUACGGCCAUCAGCUCUGGAAGCUGCAUGAAACGCGUCUCAGGCAGCCAAAACUACGCACAUUCCUGCGACACUUUGGCAGCGAGGUGUGGAACGUGAAUCAAGACGGCAUCGACGUGAUCAUCGAGCACAAGAACGUGGCUGCCGCCCAGCAGUAUAUGGCCCAGACCGCGUUCAGCUACAACAUCAUGAUCGACGAUCUGGAGACGGCCAUCGAUGAGACCUACACGGAGAUCAGCGACACGGACACCGACCAGGACAAUCCAUUGGCCAACUACUCGCUGCCCUGGCUAAAUCGUGAGGGUGUUCUCCUCACCUGGCGCCGCUAUCACGAUCAGUCAGAUAUACAGCAAUUCCUGCAGAAUGUCUUGGAAACGCAUUCCGAGCUGGCGGAGAUCGUGCAGAUUGGCGUCACACGCAAUAAGCGACCGCUGGAGGUGCUCAGAGUCUCGAAUGGCAAUUCAAAUAAUUUCGCGGUCUUUGUGGAUGCCGGGAUGCAGGCACGUGAUUGGCUCAGCCCGGCGGCGCUAACCUAUGCCAUCUCGAAGCUGACCUGGCUGUGGGAACAGGGUCAGGCGGACAGGGCGAUGCGUCACAUCGACUGGUACUUUCUGCCGUUGGUCAAUCCCGAUGGCUAUCAGUACUCGCGGCUCACCGAUCGACUGUGGACCAAGAAUCGCAAUUACGACACUACCACCGGCUGCUACGGCGUCAAUUUGGAUCGCAACUUUGACUAUGCCUGGGGCGAGGCGGGCGCCUCAUCCAAUCCGUGCAAGAAUCUCUAUCGGGGCGCCAAAAGCUUCUCCGAGCCCGAAACACGAGCCAUGCGCAGCUUCCUGCUGGGCAUGCGCGACUACUUGGGUGCAUAUGUCUCGUUCGGCGGCUACGGCCAGACGAUUACCUAUCCGUGGGGCGACGCCGACUAUGUGACCAGCAAUCAGCGCCAGCUGCGCCACACAGCUCGCCAGGCCAUCCUCAACUUCCGUCGCCUGAACCACGCCGAGUACAGCAUGGGCAGUAGCUAUCGCCAGAAGCUGGCGAGAUCGGGCAACGCGGCCGACUGGGUGCAGCAGCACAUCGAGCCGCAGUUCGUGUACAAUGUCUUCCUCAAGGAUCAGGGUCGCUAUGGCUAUCUAAUGCCGCCCCACUACAUACUCGAGUCCGGCGAGGAGGUUUACGAAUUCCUAAAGACCAUAGCUCAGCAGUUGCAAUAAGUGAAGCCGCAUUGAUUG